AUGUCUGCAACCGUGACUGUGGCAGGAACUAAAUCAGGCACUGCGCUCAUCACAUCAGCCCCCGCGGGUACUGGUGCGUCUUCCAGCGGCAAGGCUACGAGUACUACUGGCUCAGGAAAUGGUGUGAUGGUUACAGCAAGCCCUAUGUUGCUGCUGGGUGGCAUGCUUGCUGCUUUGCAGCUGGGAUAG